UCAUAUCACUCCAGAUGAUAAAAAAAAUCACUCCAAAAAAAUGUCUACAAUUCUUGAAUUCGUAAUAACUAUUUGUUUCCAUCCCCUCUUCCUCCCAUUCAUACUCCUCUUAAUCUUCCUCCACGGAUGGCUGCAUAAAAAUCCUGCCAGAAGCAAAAAUCUGCCACCUUCCCCAAGAAAGUUUCCCAUCUUAGGCAACCUUCACCAGCUUGGCAAAUUCCCACACCGUUCAUUAAAUUCCUUGUCCAAGCGAUAUGGAGAGGUGAUGUUAGUGCACCUCGGCAGCACUCCCUCCUGUGUUGUCUCGUCUGCUAGCGCAGCCCGCGAGAUCCUAAAGACUCAUGAUGUCUUCUUCUCCAAUAGAUCUCAAUCACGCAUCAUGUGCAAGAUAAUUUAUGAUGGCAAAGACAUAGUCUUUUCUCCUUAUGGGGAAUAUUGGAGGCAGAUAAGGAGUAUCUGUGUCCUACAGCUCUUGAGUACUAAAAAGGUUAAAUCCUUCAGGAAUGUCAGAGAAGAAGAGGUAAAUCUGGUCAUUGAAAUGAUUAAGAGUUCAGGAGAGUCACCAGUGAAUAUGAGUGAGAUUUUCAUGACUUUCUCAAGUGAUGUAUUGUGUAAAACAGCCUUUGGAAAGAAGUAUCCUGCAGAAGUGGAAACCACUUUCAAGAAACUUUUGAAGGAGUACGUACAGGUCAUGGCGGUGUUCAGUAUGGGAGAUUUCAUACCCUGGCUUGGGUGGAUCGAUCGACUAACGGGGCUUGAAAGACGGGUGGACAAAGUCGCGAAAGGAUUUGAUAAAUUCCUUGAACAUGUAGUCCAAGAGCAUCUGGAUAGUAAGAUUGAAAAACGAGAGGAUGAGAAAGAUUUUGUGGAUAUUUUGCUGGAUGUUCAGAGGGAAAAUGCUAAUGCUCUUUCCAUGGAUAGCAUCAAAGCCAUUGUACUGGAUAUGUUUGUUGGUGGGACUGACACUACAUAUACGCUACUAGAGUGGACAAUGACAGAGCUUGUGAGGCAUCCCCAAGUUAUGAAGGAGCUGCAAAACGAGGCAAGGGGAGUCAUCCGAGAUAAAUCAAUGGUGUCCGAAGAUGAUUUGGAAACGAUGAAAUACUUGCAAGCAGUGAUCAAGGAGGUACUUAGGAUGCAUCCUCCACUACCAUUGUUGUUGUUUCGGGAAACUUCUGAGGAUGUGAAAAUAAAAGGGUAUGAUAUUGCUGCAAGAACACAAGUCAUCAUCAAUGCAUGGGCAAUACAGAGGGACCCAACUUAUUGGGAGGAGCCAGAGGAGUUCCGUCCAGAGAGAUUCCUGAACUCUUCAGUAGACUUUAAGGGGCAGGAUUUCCAGAUGAUUCCCUUUGGAGCAGGCAGAAGAGGCUGCCCAGGGAUAUCCUUUGCUUUAGUCAUUGCUGAGCUUGUAUUAGCAAAUCUUGUUUGUUCAUUUGAUUGGAAAUUACCCAAGGGAGCAGAAGAUGAGAUUUACAAUGUGCCUGAAAAUGCAGGAGUAAUAAUCAACAGGCGGGAUCCCCUUAUGGUCAUUGCAACUCCGCAUCUUGUAGCUAGAAAAAGUCAAGGGAACAGUUAAUCGACGUUAAAAUCAUCAGAUACACAAGAUAGUGGAUCUAGCUCAUAGGGAUAUUUUCCAGCUUUAAUAUAUAUACGACAAUAGCAGUUCCAUGUCGUUGCUUGUUUGAUCUUUGUAAUUCUUAUGAUUCUCAGAAAAUGAGGCCAUAUUGAUUGUAAUCAUCUUUGACAGGCAAUGAUCAUAAUAAGAGAUCAUGCAACAAUGUCGUUUGAAUUAAGGGUUGUCUGCAAAUUGAUGUCAGGAAGGUUAGAUUCUGGUAAGUAUGGUGUGAUUGUACUUGA